GUGGGCGUGCUCGAGGCGGCUGGGUAAUGUGCGCAUGCGCAAGACUCUCAAAAUGGCGGGUAAUGACAUUGAAAAGAGUAAGAAAACAAGAGAAAGGCUUAGGGCACUAGAGUGUCCUUACAUAGAAGGGCUCGAUGAACAUAUGACACACGCCUUGCUCGUAUCCAAUGGCGAAGCAAGACUUAGACUUAUUGAAUGGCUUCUGGAAAAGUAUCAACCACAAAUACUCUUACGUCAGUUGUCAGCGUCUUUAGUUUCUUCCACGAGCCCUCGGUUAACAAAGCUAAGUCUUAUUUUGUCUGACAUGUGUCUGUGUUUACCACACGAAACUGACCUAAUUAAAGGAACUUGUGCGGAGAGAAAAUCCUUGAGGUUUUUGGAUUCUCUCAUUGAGCUGGUUCAUAUUUCCUGCCAAAUGAGAUCUCCCCAUUUUGAUACUUCACUUAGUUUUGAGAACUCAACAGUAGCAACAAGUACAACCAAGGUAUCUGAGGAAAUGAAUCGCAGGUGCUAUUUUAUUGAUAGUCUCUGUCGUCAUGGUAAUUUGGGUCUAACAAACCCUGCUCCCAUUUCGCUCAUUCCGGCAACCAUUGGUCACAUGAUCAAGACUGAUGGGUCUAAGAAAAGGACUCUUCCUUCUUUGAGCGAAUUGUGUUCAAAAAUUGAUAAUUUAAGAGAAGAAUUGUUAGAGAAAGAACUUCAAGUCAAAGAGACAGAGAAAGAGCAUGUGUAUGCUCCUAUUGAUAAAGGUAAUCUUAUAGCAUGUCUACAAUCACUCCAAGUCUCAUUCUCAACUCUAAAUCAACUCAUUGAUGAUUUCUCAUACCAGUACCAAUCAGAUAUCAGUCAGUGGACUGAUUCUAAAAUCAAAAAAAUGAAUGCAUUCUCUGAUCUCGGCCCUUUGGCUGAAAGACUUCAUUCGCAUUUAUCAACCAUCAACCAGUUGUUGGAAGGCAUUUCAAGACUAGAGUCUGUUACUGGAGCUUUGAUAGAAUUAGGAGAAAGAGAACCAGAGAAUAGCAAAAGUAAACCCAUCUCUGAUAAAGCACAUGAAAUCUUCCAAAAACAAAUAGACAAAGAUGAGUGGACUUAUUCUAACAGAUAAAUAAUGAUAAUUAUUAUGUCUAUUAGUUUUAUUAAGUUCAUUUUCAGACUAUCAAA